GUGCUAUUGAGACGCGUGACAUGUGUUUGGCGUGAAUAAUAAAUUAUGAUUAAAUAGAAAAUAAGUAAAUUGUGUGAAACGUAAUUAAAUGAAAGUAAAGAACGGUAUAGUUUUACCUUUCAUAACUUCUCUCCUAUAAAUGCUCUGUCAAGUGAUAAAUCUCGAAAUAGUUCUUUUAUAUACCUGACUCAGCUGUUUUCUCAAGUUAAAUCAUUGUCUCUAAAAAAUGGUGGUCCCCUUAACUUUAAAGUUUCUAAAAGCACAAUGGCGCCUUUUUGCUACGGCUCAUCCGCUGGCCAGAGGUUGCAUUUCCUACGCCGUAAUUUGGCCCACGAGUAGUUUGAUACAGCAAACCAUUGAGGGUAGAAAUUUUCAGACCUAUGACUGGAUAUGUUGUCUGCGCUAUAGUCUGUUCGGCGCUCUUUAUGUGGCACCCACUUUAUAUGGAUGGGUACGUCUCAGCUCUGUUAUGUGGCCACAAAUGAAUUUGAGGGUUGGACUCGUGAAAGCUGCCGUCGAACAAAUCUCGUAUGGACCAUUCGCCGCCACUAGUUUCUUUUUCAUUAUGAGUUUGCUAGAGGGUCGUACCCGCUCGGAGGCUGUGCAGGAGGUCAAAGAUAAAUUCCCAAAAGCAUUUGAAACUGGAAUUUGCAUUUGGCCGAUUAUUCAGACAAUAAAUUUCUCAAUGGUUCCUGAGCAGCAUCGUGUGGUGUUUGUUAGUAUUUGUAGUUUGGCUUGGACCACAUUUUUGGCCUACAUUCAGGAAAAGAAUAUGCACGAAGAUGAAGUGGAUGAAGUGCAUUCCCAGACAUUACAACAACAAAAAAGCUUGCACCAGCAGGAUAAGGAAUUGACAACGAACGAAAGUUUAGUUUUAAAAGUCAAACGAGCAUUCGCGCUGUGAAUAUUUUAUAAUAAGUGGAGGAAUAAGAGAACAAAAUGUGAUUCACAAAACUAGGUCAAUACCCACUGUACUUGGUAGUAACGGUGUAUUUUGUUAUUAGUAAAUUAUAUGCGUAUUUUAAGUAUAUUUAUAUGAAGUGUUGACACCCCUUUAGACGAAUUUAAAUGCAUUGUACAAAACUUAAAGC